CCAAGCAACAUUCUGCUUGACCACAUGACAUGGUUGCUCUUGUUGGAGAUUUUGGACUAGCCAGGUUUUUCCCAAAAUCAAUGAACAGUUUAUCUGGAAACUCUUCAAGCACUCAUUGUUUGAAAGGAACUAUCGGCUAUGCUCCGCCAGAAUAUGGCAUUGGAACGGAGGCAACAACAAGCGGAGACAUGUACAGCUUCGGAAUUCUACUGCUUGAAAUAUUCACUAGGAAGAGACCUACCGAUGACAUGUUUAAAGAUGGACUAAAACUUCACCUGUUCUCAAAGAUGUCAUUGCCGGAUCAAGUGCUUGAAGUUGUUGAUCCGUUGCUUUUACCUAGGGAUAACAAAAGACAAAGCGCGAGCAGCAGCCGGAACCCAAGGAGAGCAAACAUGGAAGAAACCAAAAUGAAAGAGUGCCUCAUUUCCAUCUUGAAAGUUGGAAUCGCUUGUUCGGUUGAAUCACCUACAAACCAGAUGGACAUUGUGGAUGCAGCCAAGGAACUGCAUUUUAUCAGGGACAAAUUUGUAGGGACCAGAAUCCGAACAGAAAGAGAAAGAGCAAAUCAUCUUUAGAAUAUGGAGUUCGGAUGUCUUUGAUGUUUGUGCAGUACUUGUAUCUAAAUCUAAACCUUGUUUAAUAUAUUUUGUUUUAAAUUUCCA